AUGGCAGAAGGCUUAAUUCCACAAGAGGGAAGCAAGAGACCUGAAGACAUUGGUGAAGAAUACUUUUCUGAAUUGUUGUGGAUAUCUUUCUUGCAACAAGUACAACCAUGUGAUGGUGGAGGAAUAAUGGGAUACAAAAUGAACGAUGUCAUUCAUGAUCUUGCAAGAUAUGUUGCAGGAAAAGAAUCUGUGGUACUUGAACAUGGUCUUGCACCAAAUAGGUCAGCACAGGUUCGCCACUCAUCUGUUGUUUAUAUGAAUGGUGCAAUUAAAAUUCCAGAAACUCUAUAUGAAGCAGAACAUUUGCGAACUCUCGUAUUGAUCGGAGAUUCUGGCUCGUUACAGAACGGAGACAAAAUUUAUUCAAGUUUUGAAUACUUGCGAGUGCUAGAUCUCAACAAAUGUGAUCUUGUUGAUCUGCCGAAUUCCUUGGGUGGCUUGAUAUGUUUGAGGUAUCUGGACUUGUCUUACACAACUAUCACCCAGUUACCUGAAAGCGUACAGUAUCUGUUCGCUUUGCAGACCCUAAACCUAAUUGGUUGCCAUAAUCUUGAAUCUUUGCCUUUUUUGGGACACAUGACCAGCCUAAGACAUCUUAACUUAAGUGGAUGUGGAAGUCUGACUGAAAUGCCGCGUGGUAUUGGACGGUUAUUUCAACUUCAGACAUUGCCAUUUUUUGUCGCGAGCAAUAUAUGGAAUUUCGGGAAUCUCAAUCUGUUGACAAAUUUAAAUCUUUAUGGGGAGUUGAAUAUUAGUCGCUUGGAGAAUAUUGAAUAUGCUACAACAGCGAAAUCAGCAGGAUUGGCAAUGAAGAAAAAUCUUGAGUCAUUGGGACUAUACUGGGGUAUCAUUCCGGAAAUUAAUAAAGAUUCAUUCGCAAAUUUACCUAAUGCCCGACCUCAAGUAGGUGUCUCAGGAUCACACACAGCGCCGCAACAGCUUAGAACUUAUCUUGCAGGACUACGACAGGGACCUGAAAAAGUUAUUCAAGGCCUGCAACCACACAAAAAUCUGAAAAAGCUACUUAUAGAUGGGUACCCAGGAACCAAAUUUCCUCAUUGGGUUCUCCCAAAUCUUAUUGCCGCUGAUUUCACCAACUGUGGAAGUUGUGAACAUCUUCCAGCUCUUGGGAAUCUUCCGCUACUUAAGACGCUCUCUCUGCAUGGAAUGCAUGGCGUUAAGAGCAUUGGUACAGAGUUCUAUGGUGACGGUACACACAUUUGGUUUCCCUCACUCGAAGAACUAUCAAUAAGUGAUUUUGCAAACUUGGAAGAGUGGUCAAAUGCAAAUGAUGGAAAUGAAUUCCAAUUCCCUAAAUUGAAGGAAUUAACUGUAAAGAGUUGCCCAAACUUAGCACAUAUACACUUACCUCAGUACCUUCAACAUUUGGAGCUGCGGGACUGUAAUCCAAUGAUGAUGUCCGUAGCAGAUUUAAGUUUGCUAUCUGUGCUUAUUCUAGAAAAAAUUCCAGACCUAGUGUCUCUUCCGGAUGGCCUCUUUGCAUCACCUAAUCUGUCUUCCUUGAAGAUUUUGUCUUGCCCCAAGCUUCAUUCAAUGCCUUUGCACAUGCCAAACCUUAGUUCUCUGAAAUCAUUGACUAUUCAUUGGUGUGAAGAGCUGGCCUCUCUGCCACAAAGUUUGCAGAACCUCAAAGCUCUGGAGUCACUGGAGAUUAGUGACUGCCACAGUCUAACAUCCCUGCCAGAUUGUGGAAUUGCAGGUUUGGGUUCGCUUCAAACUUUGUCCAUUGAAAACUGCAGUAACCUUACUUCUCUGUCCUCGAGUUUGGAACAGCUCACGUUGCUUGAGCACUUGACCAUCAAGUACUGUCCAAAGCUUGGUUCUUUUCCAGCAGGUGUGCAACACCUCUCCUCCCUUCGAAAUUUGAUCGUUCUGGGCUGUCCUUGGUUUGAUUCUCUGCCAGAAGGGUUGCAAAAUGUCAAGACCCUGCAAAAUUUGGAAAUUAGAAGCUGCUCCAAUCUAACAGCUUUGCCAGAAUGGUUUGGGGCUCUUGAUUGUCUUCGAUCUUUGAUCAUAUAUGAAUGUCCUGAGCUUGAGGAAAGAUGUAGGCACGGUAGCGGUGAGGAUUGGUUGAAAAUAGCCCAUGUCCAGCAUAAGGACAUUGGAUCGCCUCAG